CUCACUCACUCCGUUUCAUCCAGGGUGACGCCAGUCCCUCUCACCCCGCCCCGUUCAACUCAGUCCGCUGCGUUCAUUUCAUUCCUGCUCCCAUUCCGCGCAUAUUUCGCAUCCUUGGAGAGACGCUGCGCAUUUUACGCACUCAGCGCGCCCCGAUCCUUCAUCAAGGCGAAGCCGAGGGCGGACUCCGGAGUUGGCCGAGCGCUUCCCGGUUCCGCGGCGGCUCCGAUCCGUUGGGAAAGUGUGGGAAUUAAAGGAGAAAAGCGGCGUUUGGAUCGAGGUUCUGAUGCUGGAUUCUGCUUCUGCAACGACUGGCUGACUGUUUUUUCUCCCACUGCUGGCUGCCAUUUAGAGAUAUCUAUACCAAGACAAUAAAAAGCCUAUAGCAUAGCUUUUUUAAAUUUUAACCUUUACAAGUUAAUUGCCACUAUUUAUAUAUAUAUUAUAUAUAUAUUUUAAAUCAAAACACCGCCAUCAGCUAAGCGCCUUUAGCUGCCAGUAUGGAGCGCAGCAGCUGGAGUGGCAGUGAGAGUCCCGGUGAGGACAUGGACAGACUCAGUGAUUCAGGAGGGGACAAGACAAUGGAUGGGGACCCUGAGGGGGUCUGGAGCCCAGACAUCGAGCAGAGCUUCCAGGAGGCCCUUGCUAUAUAUCCGCCCUGUGGGAGGAGGAAGAUUAUACUGUCAGAUGAAGGGAAGAUGUACGGGCGAAACGAGCUGAUAGCCAGAUACAUCAAACUGCGAACAGGCAAGACGCGGACAAGGAAACAGGUAUCCAGUCACAUCCAGGUCUUGGCCAGAAGAAAAUCCAGGGAAUUUCAGUCCAAACUAAAGGACCAGAAUGCCAAGGAGAAAGCUCUGCAAAGCAUCUCGUCCAUGUCCUCGGCUCAGAUCGUCUCAGCCACCGCCAUACACAGCAAGCUGCUGCCUGGAAUAGUGCGAGCCAGCUUCCCCGGCAACGCUCAGCUGUGGCAGGGGAUGAUUCCAGGAGGGCAGUCCAGCUCCACCACAGAAGACAUCAAGCCGUUCUCCCAGCAGGCCUACCCUGUGCAGACAGCAGGGACCACCACAAUCGCAGCCUACGAGCCUGCUGCUGCAGCCCAAAUACACAGAGAGCCAGCAUGGCAGGGGCGAUCCAUCGGCACCACCAAACUACGACUGGUGGAGUUUUCAUCUUUCUUAGAGACACAGAGGGAUCAGGAAGCCUACAACAAGCACCUGUUUGUGCACAUCAGCCAGAGCAACCCGAGCUACAGCGACCCCCUGCUGGAGUGUGUGGACAUCAGGCAAAUCUACGACAAGUUCCCAGAGAAGAAGGGAGGUCUUAAAGAGCUUUUCAGCAAGGGCCCACAGAACGCAUUCUAUCUGAUCAAGUUCUGGGCGGAUCUUAAUUACAGCGUACAGGAUGACUCUGCAGCCUUCUAUGGGGUGACCAGCCAGUACGAGAGCUCAGAAAGCAUGACCAUCAGCUGCUCCACAAAGGUCUGCUCCUUCGGCAAGCAGGUGGUCGAGAAAGUGGAGACGGAGUAUGCCACGUUUGAAAAUGGACGAUUUGUCUACAGAAUCAGUCGCUCUCCUAUGUGUGAAUACAUGAUCAACUUUAUCCACAAGCUGAAGCACCUGCCAGAGAAAUACAUGAUGAACAGCGUGCUGGAGAACUUCACAAUUCUGCUGGCGGUGAGCAACAAAGAAACUCGGGAAACCUUGCUGUGCAUGGCGUGUGUGUUUGAGGUGUCGAACAACGACCACGGAGCACAGCACCACAUCUAUCGACUUGUCAAGGAAUAACACACUCCACCUCGUUAACAGAUGCACAUCUAUGGCCUUUGCUUGGUGAUUAUUCAUGGUGACACUGAAGGGAGAAAUAUAGAUCCCUUACAAAAAACUACCAAACUUUCAGUUCACAAAAAAAAAAAAAAUGUAAUCAGUCAAGGAUAAAAAUGGCUACAUUUUCACUACCACUUUAUAAACUAGCCAUCAACGAAGGCAGUGACAGUGUAGCCAUGACACCCUGUGAGAAUCAACACGGUUGGUUUUUCCCAAGAACUCCCUGGGAUGAGGAGCACUCGUCAUCUCUCCCACUAAUUAAGUUUUCUGAGUGCAUCAGAACUUUAUGGCUGUGAACAUGGGAAUAUAAGUGGGGUUCGCGUUAAGAGCCUUUGGGAAAAGCUAGAGAAAGAAGAAAGAAAGAAAAAAAAAUAUUUCGCCCCCUGGUGGAGAAAAAUUCCUCCUCAGCCAACACGUACCGAAGGUCAGACCCUGUGUAUCAUCAAUAACCUGUUGGAGAAAAGGACAUUUCGGUAUAGUAGAUUAUAGAUCUGGAUGUGUACAGAUAGACUCUGUGGGUUGUUCCAGUUGAGCUCUUGCACAAAUGAAGAGGUUUGUCCCAAAGAAAAAGAAUGAAGUUUUUACCUUUUUGUAUGUUUUCCUUAAAACACACACACACACACAAAAACAUUUUAAACUUUGGGAUCUUGUUUAUUGAUUGUAGCAUAUAGAUUAUAUUUCAAUUCCCUGAUUGUUAUCUAAAAUUUAUAAAAGCAUAAUGGGG